AUGAAGUUAACUGAGGCACUAGUCCAGAUGGGGUUCAAACAAAGUCAUUAUGACUACUCUCUAUUCACAAAGCAAAGUGGGGAUGAUAUUGUAGUGAUAUUGGUGUACGUAGAUGAUAUUCUAGUCACUGGAAGCAACCACCAACUCCUAUGUAAUACAAGACAGGAAAUUCAAAAGAAGUUCAAAAUGAAGGACCUAGGGGAAUUAAAAUGCUUCUUAGGCAUUGAGUUUUCUAGAUCAGAUAAGGGCAUCCUAAUGACACAGAGGAAAUAUGCUUUGGAGCUGCUGUCUGCAACUGGACUAGGAGGAGCAAAGCCAGUUCAUACACCUUUGGAGCUGAACAAAAGACUCACAUCAAUUCAAUAUGAUGAGCAUGUGAAUGGUUCAAGUCCUGACCAUGAUAAACCACUUGCUAAUCCUGAAAUGUAUCAAAAGUUGGUAGGAAAGCUUCUCUAUCUGACUAUGACUAGGCCGGAUCUUGCUUUUACUGCACAA